AUGGUGUCGACUGAGGAGUUGGCUCCCAUUAGAGAGCCUGCAGUAGGGGAUACGUCCGCUCCGGCCCCGGAAAAUGUGAAUGACGCCCACGAGGUAAAGUCGGAGGCGGAAUCAGCCAAAGACAAGACUCCAAGUUCUCCAGAGCAGAGGGGAACGCCUUCCAAGCGACCCAUGACAGGAAGCGGACCCAAACGACCAGUGGCACCUAGCGCUACUAGGACUUCCAAGCCGACAGCGGCGUCAACACGCACGGCUCCGGGAAGUACCCUGAAUAAACCUCCAAUUCGCCCCACCACCAUUAACACCUCUCGAAGACCUCCAUCGAGCGGCGCACCUACCACUGGCGUCUCGCAUCGAUCUCGCAUGUCCAUAGGAAGCUCCGCGGACGAAAGGACUAGCCGUUUUACGAGCUCCGGCGACGAGAACAAGAAACCUAGCACGGUUAAAAGAAUGUCGCUGACCGGAACCCCAGCUGCUAGAGCUCCUACGAAAUCGACAACAUCGGAUCGUAGACCAACAGUCACUUCGUCAUCAAGGGCUGCCGCCAGGGCCACCGCUCCAUCCACACAGAGCCCGGCCAAGCCAACCUCUCGGUCCACAGCGACGGUUCCAUUGACAGGUGCACGGGCCGCACGACCAGCAACCACUGGUAGGGCCUCGGUUUCUGGCGCUGACGCUAUUAAACGGCGUGCGGCCGCUCCAGCGUCUCCAGUGAAGAAAAGGCCAUCUAGUGAAGUCCCAUCGAAGAGCCUUACCUCGAAAUCACCGGAGCUACAGAAGCGAAUUGCGGAAUAUGAAGCUAUUAGAGCAAUGCUGCUGGCGGCUAUUGCUGCUGACGAGGCUGGAGAUGAAACCAAACGUGACGAAAUUCAAAGUGAUAUUGACAACGAAGUCUCCAAGCUCAGAGAAGGCCUGGAACCUAGCAGGCUGAAAGAAUCCGAUGAGGGUGAAGGCAAUAGAAUUUCGCAUUUACAGUCACAGCUCGAAGCCAGUGAAAACAAGAUCUCAGAACUCCAGAAGCUCCUCGAUGAGAGUCUCGCCAAGGCCGCAGAUUUAGAGAAAUCGGUCAGUGAGGGUGCUAGUGUCGCUCAAGAAGAACAUCUGGCCCAGAUGACCUGUUUGGCCGAAGCUCACUCGCAAGAACUGAAGAGUUUGCAAACAAAAUUGGAAGAAGCCGAGAUCAAGCAUCAAGCACUCAUUACCCAACAUGUAACAGAGCUAGAAGAAGCCAAGAAAUCUGCCGCCGAGGUUGGGGACUCGAACAUUAGAGAGCUUGAGGAACAAAAAGCAGCCCAUGCUGCAUCUGUCGAAAAGCUGGAAGGCGAGCUUGCCGCUGAACGCUCUUCAGCGAGCGAACUAUCGACCCAAAUAGAAAGCUUGAAAUCAGAGAUUGCUGCUCGAACUGAAGAAUUAAGCGCCGCUAAGAAACUGGCCGAGGAUGAAAAGCAAUCUUUUGCUGAGUCUCACCAGAACAAUCUCAUACAGCUUGAGAAUGAAUUAAGAGGGCAGGAUGCAGUCAUGAAGUCUCUCAAGGAUGAAAUCCAGCUCCUUAAAGAUUCGAAGGAUCAGGAGCUAGCGGAAGCUCGAGAAUCGUCCGCUCAAAUAGUAGCAUCGUUCGAAGAAAAAAUUACAUCGCUUGAGGAGAAAUUGGCACGAACAGAAUCGGACGCUACGCGCGAAACAGCCGAAAACACCCAGUCUCUUGCUGACAAGGACGGCGAAAUUCAGCGCCUCGGUGAAGUUAUCGACGGCCUUCAAGAUAGCAUUCAGAAGUUGCAUGAAUCCAAGUCCAGCGAGCAAGACCAGCAAAUCAUUGAGCUUAACACCAGCCACGAGCGCGCUGUUGCGGCGUUGAAAGCCGAACACGAUUGUGCACUGGCUAGUCUAACUGCUGAACACGAGCAAAAGCUCGCGGACGCCAGCAACGAGACGAAAACCUUAAAAGAGGAACGGGAACAUGAAAUUGCGAGCUUGACUCAGAAGCAUGAGACCGCUCACACUGAGCUAAAUAAUCUCAUCUCCGAACUUAAUGCAACAAAGACACGUAUGGAGACGGAAGCUGACGACUUGAAGAAAUCGCAUGAGGAUGAGCUUCAGUCCUUGCAAACCAAAUUAUCCGAGGCGGAAAAGUCGUUGGCUGAAGCUAAGCAACUAAGAGAGGAAAGUAAUGCCGCAGCAAAAGAAGCCAAUGAACACGCGAUACAAUCCUUGGAAGACAAGAUUAAGUCAAUGGAGGCUGAAAUGGCCGGCAGCAAUGCUCGUAUUGAAUCCCUUACCGCUGAAUUGGAGGCAGAGGGGGCUCGGGUUGAAGCGCUCCAAAAAGAACUUGAGGCCUCUGAAGCUGACCGUAAAGGGAAGGAUGAGCAACACGAUGCCUUGGUCAAAAAUCUCACUGCUGAUGCCGAAGCAGUGGCAAAGUCCCUGGAGGAGACGACCCAAGAACUUUCAUCGACUCAGGAGAGACAUGCCGCUGCUUUAUCUGAUCUAUCAGCUGCCCAUGACGCCGCGGUUGCAACUUUAAAAGCUGAGCUAUCACAAUCCCAUGAAAGUGCACUGAAGGACCUCCAGCAGAAGUUUGAUGAGCUGUCCACUGCAAAGAUUGACAUCGAAACGGCACAUGCAGUGCAGAUUGAAGGCUUAAAGGCCGAGUAUUCUACCGCCCUCGAACAGCAGGUGGCCAAGCUGACAUCCCUCGAAGAGAACCACAAGAGUGCCAUGGACGAUUUGAAAAAGGAAUUUGAAGAAUCUACAUGCAAACAAAAUCAAGAGCUAGAAGCGUCACAUAUACAAAAGAUUAAUGAAUUGGAAGCCGCACACGCGGAAGCAAUCGAGGAGCUUCUUGGUGCCCAUGAAGAAAAGCUAAACAAUUUGAGAAACGAGCUUGAAGCCGGAUCCAAGGAGAAGUUGGCAGAGGCGGAGGCCUCUCACUCUACCACUCUAGGCGAACUUCAACAGCAGCUCUCAAAGGCCCAGGAAGCUGCUGCCGAUACCUCGGUGGUUGAUAGCCUGCGAGAAGAGCUAUCUCACCUCACCUCUCAGUUGGCGAAGGCACAACAGGAUAAGGCUGAGGUUGAAGCCACAUUGCAAUCCACACAGUCUUCCGUUUCGGAACUCGAGGGCUUGCGGCCAGAUUUGGAGGCUACCAAAGCUGAACUUUCUUUCGCUAACGAAAGCCUCGCUGAACUUAAAAAAGCCCAGGAAAGCACGGCCGCAGAAGUUGAGAAGUUGAAGGCCAAUACUUCUGAGGCCGAAGCGAAGACACAAAGCGCUGAAGCAAAAUUUGCCGAUCUCGAGAAAGAUAUAAAUGCUUUAAGUGAGAAGAACAUUUCUCUGGUUGAACAGCUGCAGGAGGCGGAAACCGCGGCAGCGAAAUCCAAUCGACGUAUUCGGGAACUGGAGUUUGACCUCGCCGAAGCCACCAAGGGCAAGGACGAUUCGACCACGAUGUCCAACGGCGACACUCUAAAAUCCAAGGGUGGUUUGGCUGAUAGCAAAUGGGCGGUGCGGGAUGAUGAGCAACCUACCACUGAGGGUAAGAAUGAAACCGCCACUAAGCCCACGGUAGAAGUCGCCGUCCCUGACCCCAAGGGGGUUGAGGACCUUGGCUCUUCUAUUCAAGGAACGAUGGCCAGCCUUCGGGAACGGCUGCGGCAGCUUGAAGAUGAAAGCGGAAGUUUGCUAGACGAGGAUGUGAGAAUGGUGGACAUCCUUUCCAAAAUUAGCCGGGACGCUUCUUCUCCACACACCCCCGUUACGCCUAGCAUGUCUAUCACUAGCGAUAGAGGAGUUGCGAAAGAAGCUGCGGUUGAAUCCUGAGCCAUUGUCGUCUCGACGCUUCACACCACUCACUAUAUUGGGCAUUUAUUCGUGAUUACCACCCCCUUCCUUCAGUCUUUUGUAGAUUGAGAUACCUCUCCCGCUCCAAUGGGAGCAUAUGUGUAUGGAUAUUUUUGUUUUGCUGGACGUGU